AUGGCAGAAAAAGUCUUAGAGAAGUUAGAUGUUCUGGAUGAGCAAGCAAAAAUACUCUUGGAUAGAAGAGUAAAGAAAAACAAUCUUCAGAGUCACAUAACGAAAAAGCGUUUUGUUACACCUCUGACAUUUGAUUUUCAGUUGGAAUUUGAAGAGGCUUUUACUGCUACAUCCAUAUCUAAGACAAUAUCAAAGAGUACAGAAAACAAGUCACAUCAUAUUAAAAAAACAAAAAGAUAUGUCUCUUUCAAAAAUGAGCCUAAACCUAGAAAGAGUGAUUCUGAAAAGUUAAAUUUAAGAAUACACUCUGUACCAACAAAUAUAAAAAAGCAAGAAAGCAAGUCAAUAGAACCAGAAGAAAAUCUAAAAUCAAGAUCUAGUAGACCUUUCCAUUAUCUUAAAGAUACAGAUGAGGUGGAAAAUGCUAAUUUCUUACAUGUUCUAUAUUCACAGCAUAGACAAGAAUUUAGAGGAACAUUGGGCUCUAUAACCUAUUCUUCUGUACCCAGAAUUCAAUCUAGUGCUUGUAAGAAGGAAAAAGAUUCCACAUUAUUUACAGUUCAAAAUGAAAAAAAACCUAAGGAAUCAUUUGCUUUGGUUGGUCACUUAGAAGAUUAUGUAAAUAAAAGAAGAACAACUCCUCCGCAGAUGAAUGAUUUUAAUACCAAAGAAAAUAAAUCUGUCAGAAAUGAUCAAUUAAGUGAGCAUUGUUCAGUGGGAAAGAAAAGCUUGCUUCCCUUAUGCUUUGAAGAUGAAUUGAAAAAGCCAAAUGCCAAAAUAAUCAGCACUAGCCCUGCGAAAAGAGUAAUUUCUGACACGGCAUUAAAUGACACAAAUCCCAUAAUUUUUCAUAAGACUGGAUAUGUACAAAUGUUACUUUUAACAAAAAAUAGGCUUCUUCCCCAUUCUUCAGAAAAUAGAAACAUUUCCCGAUAUAAAAAAGUAAAUUUUGUUUUAGAAAGAAAUCAUGAAAUCCUCAAAUCUUUAAUUAAUGAUCAAUUUGUUACUCCUUCCAAACCCAAAAGAACUAUGUCUACAGUAUGGAAGAAAGAUAUACGAGCCAUAGCUCUUGAAGUGGGCCAUAGAGUUGUAGAGAAUAAACUAAAGAAGAAAACUAGUAUGCAGACAUUUGAAAAUAUAUCUUGGAAUAAACUCAAUAAUUUCUCAGAGACUUUUUCCAGCCUAACAAAAAAAGGUGUAGGUUUCUUUGAUAAAACUGUUACUCAAGAAAUGAAGACUAAAACUGGAAAAUUUGAAGGAAUAUUAUCCGGAGGAAAACCAAUGAACAAAUUCAGUGCCUUACCUGUCAAAUAUUGCUCAAAGCCUUUAAAAAAUGUAAUCAAGGUCCAUAAAUUUCAAAAUGUAACACCGCUGGAUAAUUUGUUAAACUGUUAA